AUGAGCUAUGAUUCGCUCUAUCUAGACUUUGACCUCAAUGAUAACGGCCAUCCUGACCCAUUUAUCAAAGAUGAAAAUGAUUUGAGCUUACAAGAACUAAUACCACGAAUUCUUCAAGAGCGAAAGCAAUUUGUUGACAUCACAGAGAAGUCUCUUGUUGAUGAAAUUGAGCUGCUCGAAUCUUCCAAAACCGUUGAUGAAGCUCUUGAUGGUUUUGAUGGCUUAAAUUCGACCGUUUCUGGAGCUCUUCCAGUUUCACAAGAAGAAUCUGUGCAAGAGAAGUUUAAUAGCAAAAAGUUGGAGCUUACAAAGAGUAUCAACAAUGCUUUGAAUGAAACUUCUCUUUCGCUUGAUUUCGUUUCGUUACUUGUUGCAUCCGUCAAGCCAAAUAUUGCCAAGAACACAAUGUCACCACACUUGCAAAAAUUAAUCAAGCCAUACUCGCUCAACUCGGACAAGUUAGCAAAAGAGGAGGUAGAAACGCUACAAAAGGACACCAAUCGCUCCACCAAGAUUGGGCAUGGAUGGAAGACCGAAGCAACGUCCAAAAUCAAGGACUUGUUCAAAGAAGCUAGUGAAAAUUUAACCAUGCAAGUGAAAAAGGAGAAUAAGUACUGGAACAUGAUAUGCUUGGUAUGGUCUAAUGAUGAAGCAUUGUUUCGUUUGAGGGACCCCGAUAACAAUGCAAGAGCAAUUGGGGUCAAGUAUGGGUAUGGGGAUUCUGGGUCUGAUUUUCAAGAUAAAGGGUUGGCGUUGUUUCGCAAAAAUGUGCAAACUGGUGAAGUAUCUUUUCACCCUCUAUCAACCAUUGGUAACAAACUCGUUGCCAAAACGUAUCGUUAUGUGCGUGUACGGGUUUUGAGCAGGAUUGAUUCCGAUUAUAUGCUAACCGGUCAGUCCGCUUUUGACUAUAAUUAUAGCAAAUCAUCUCAUGAUAUCAUUAAUGAAAUAGAAAUGGCCAGGUUCUUUCUUUUUGAAGAGGAUUUGUUCUACCAAAUAAGCAGGGAAGCCUCGAUAUUGUUUAGCUAUAAUGUAUCGGUGACAGCGGAGAAAGUGUCAAUCGAAACUGAAAAUGAGAUUGUUGAAUUUGAGAAUGUUCUUUAUGACGAAGCUAAUGAAGAGGAGUUAGAGAAUUAUUAUCAGAAUGUAAGCUCUAUGUCCUCCAUCAACAAUAAAAAGUGCCAGUUAAUACUAAUCUACUUGAAGUUGAUGCUUUGUUGCUUUUACAAAUAUAAUUUAAAGUUGAAGCAGAAAGUUCCCACAUCCUUGACAAAGUGGAAGCAGAGCAAUUCCCAUCCAUUGAUAUUGCGACCACUCUUGGGAAACAUGCGCCAUAACAAGUAUCUACAUGAGGUCAAACAAAUCUUGGUCAAUUUGUCCAACCAUUAUGGUUUGAAACCCACCAUAAAGCUCGAAAAAUACACCAAUUUGGAAACUAAACUGUCGAAUCCGUUUAAAAGAUCAAUUGAAAUUCCAAACUCACUUUUCACUUGGACGGUGCAAAACAAGGUUGACAAUGUAUUGAACGUGACUAUAAAUGUAACAAGUAACGAAGUUUUUGUCGACUUGAUUGCAAAAUUGACAGUCACUAGAUUUGAUUCGAUGGAUGCAUAUCUAAAUAAUAUGAAUGGUGUCAAUGUUUUGCAGAAUGAUUACUACGAUUUCGACGACUUGAAGGAGUCAUUAGAAUGGUUGAUAUGUGACUUCAAUUCUGUCUAA